CAGGAGGCAUGAUCGUGACGCCCACCUACAGCCGGGAGAUGGGUGAGGGCGGGCGUCUGGUGCCGCCCGCCCGCGUCCCCACUCUGGGCCUGCCCGACCCCAACCCUUCGCCCACCUACAAGUCGGACGUGGGCGGCGGCGUGUUCAAGGCGGGCGGCAUGGGCGGCGCCUACGAUCUAAACAAGAACAGUUUGAACGAUAAGGAGGGUGUGUCGGGCGGGUCCCUGGGCGGGCUGCCUCUGAGUCACCACCUGCAGCCCUUCACGGCCCCCUGGCUGGCAGAGGUGGCUCACAUCACGCCCGCGCGGCCCACCGACCACCUGCCAUACCCACAGCCCCCCACCCCCACCUUACCCGACUACUACCCUCACUACCCGGGACUACCCCACCGACCCACUGGCUACUACCCCCACCACUUCCUGCCCCCCGGAGCAGCCAGCCACUUCCUGCGAGAGUACCCCCGCCACGCCCACCGCCCCUACCCACCCCUUGACCCCAGACCCCCGCUAGAGCGGCCCACGCCUGUUUCAGGGGCGCCGACCCUGGUGAGGCCUCUGGGGCCGCCGCCGCUGCGGGGGAUGCACCCCGACACACACCGCGACCACCUGCGGGAGGUGGCGCCCCAGAACAAAAUGCGACCACGUCCCCCCGACCUGACCCUCCCCACCAGCCCUAGUGGCACCUCAGGGGAGCCCUCGCCUCGAGGACCCCACGGGGAGCCUAGUCCUAAGCGACGCCCGGGAUCCAGCGCCUUCCCUAUGCCGGCCCCCAGGUCUCCCCGCGCCGCCCCCAGAGGUCACCCAGCCCCUGCUGUCCCUGGGCCCACUACACCUGUGUCCGCGCCACCCGCAACGGGCCCCGUUGUGUCGGGGCCCCCAGCAUCAUGUCCCCCAGUGUCGGGACCUACCAGCAGCGGGCCCCCACCUGUGUGUUCCCCCUCUUCACGACCUUCUGUUUCCGGUCCCAUCCUGGCCGCCCCCGUCCCCAUCCCCACCUCGGCCGCCCCCCCGCCCGAGGACCCACGCCCACCCUCUCCCUACCACGCCCACUUCGCCCGCGGUGCCCUGGUGACGGUGGGCGCGGGCGUAAGACGCGUCGAGGAGCUAGAGACCCGAGACUUUCUAGAGGCGGCCAAGGCGGCGGAGGACCUGAUGCUUGACCCCUCCACCGUGGCUGCCAUCACCACCCGCCCCGGCGCUUCCACCAUCACCUUCACCUUCCCCUCCAGGAACACCCAGGUCUCAGUGGAGGCAUCUCUUGACCACCCUUUCUUCGUAUUUCACUCUGGGUGGUCAUCCUGCAGCCCUGAAUUGACACAAAAGAAGUAUGACCUCAAGGUGCGACAACUGCAGGUUGGUGAUAUCUGUGUCUCCCUCACCAAAAAAGCCCCUGAUGCAGAACCAACCAAUCCCAUGCCGCCACCACCUACUUCCACCAGUCAAGUGCCAUCACCAAGUGCUGAGUUGUCCAGUCAUGCUUCUGCUUCUACUUCAGGGGUCUCUACACCACCCAUUCAAAGUUCAACUAGUGUGAAGAAAGAAAGCACAUCACUGCCAUUCCUUGGAGGGUCUUCUUCUUCAAGUGUGUGGAGUAAACCAGCAGCACUGAGAACUACAGAGAGGCAACAUUCCAGCGACGAGGCCCAGCGAGAGGAGAAGGACUCAGGCCGUAAGCGGCGCUGGUCUGACCCAGGUCAGGCAACGUGACAACAGCAAGUGCUGAACAGUAUCUAAGAACUUUUCUCAAAUAUUUUUAUAACCAUUGUCCUCUUAGUUUGAUAAGGCAGCAAACUUUGUUACUUUAAUGAUAAUAUAACCAUAGUAUUUGAAUGCAACAUAAACUGUGAGUUAAUAUAUUUUCGGUAUUGAUAAAAUAUUGGUUAAGUGAACAGUUAAUGAUACAGAAUUUCUAAAUUCUUUUGAGUUGCAUUUGCAGAACAUACUACUACUGUUACUGUCGACAAAGAGUAGUAGUAGUGGUUCUUCCAUGAGGCUAGGAGGCUCAAACCUCCAAAUCUUUUCCAGGUCUUCUGUUGGCUGGACAACCUGGCCUCAGAAAAUAUUUUGCCAUGCCUUUCUUGGCGCAGGAUAAGUCACCUUUUUAGAAAUUUCCCGAGCCAAUCCUAAACAGUAGGGCAUGGUUGUAUAACAAAUAGAAAACAAUGUCAUAAAGUUUGGUUGGUGUCAAAAUGUUCAAUUUACACUAUUUUUUACAUGUUUAAUGUUUAUGCAGCUUAUGUUCUUUUUUUUUCUUUUCUAUGCCUUUCCUCUUGUACAGUGCUCUGAUUUCCACGUCUUUCAGAAAUAUUGUGAUAGAAAAAUACAACAAAUGCUGAGGAUAGCCAUUAACAGCAGCACAGAUGCAAAUGAGUGAUAUAGAACUGGAAAUAUUUUUGUAGUAAUUAUUAUUAUAUUAUUUAACAAAGUAAUCCAAAUGUAAUUGAUACAGUGAACCCUGUUAAAUUGGAUAUUUAGGGGAAAGUCGAUCUGGAUUUUGCACAUUUUUUUAAUUUCCAGGAUAUGAAAUAAAACUAUUUCUGGUCAUUUUAAGUAUACUAUACAGUACUCUAUACAUUGAUAACAGUUUAUGAAUAUUACAUUAUUUUGUUGCAUCCAAGUUCCAUCAUGCUUUACAUGAAAAGCUACUUCAUUAACUAGGAUAAUAUAACCUAAUGAAAUUUUUAAAUUUGUAUGAGCUAACCUGUUUACACACUUCACAACUAAGGUGUAGAAAGUGAAUUGGCAGCUACAAUACUUUAUUUUAUCAGCAGUGCUUGUGUACUUGUGCUCCAUUUGGACUAUGCACCUCCAGUAAUGCCACUUGCACAUGACUUGCCAUGGUAAAGACAAGGAAUACUUUACUAAGCACACAUAAGUAAACUAAGACAAAAUGUGAGCAAAAUCAGUCAGCAAAGAACUGGUUCAGGUGGGCAAGCAGUGUACCACGUGUACAUGAGACAUUCAUGUAGUAAGCCAGUAGAGGGAAUGAUAAGUUUAUCUAAUCUUUCAUAUUCUGGCACUUUUCACUUUUGGGAGUUGAACCUGAGAAGAUGAUGUGACUAAUUGGACCUUACUAAUGUCACAAUAGAUUGUAAUACAGCAUACAAUAUUUUGUUAUUACUAGUUUUUCCCAAAAGAGUACAAACAGGCCAGAUUUAUCCAAAUUUCUGGUGAAGUAAAGUCCAGCUUAACAUGGGUUUACUAUACUGUACUGAAUAUACCAAGAGUGAUAAUAAAGAAUACAUAAUAUACUGUACAGUACUUUGAACUUUAUUGUAAACUUAUCUAACAGGCUUUCAGUGCUGGUAUAGUAUACUGUACUGUACUUACAUGUACAGUAUAUGUUCUCAGAUCAUGAACUUAAAUAUGAGUUAUAUGUUAAUAACAUAGUGAUAAACUUUCUUUCGCUAAUAAAAUUUGUUUCUACAGUGAUAAAUUUUUUUCAUGAAUAGAGUAACAUAUUGUAAUUUAAUAAUUUUUUUUUAAAUUUUCUGUAUACUGUACAGUACUGAAUUUUGGAAUACAGUACAGUAUCCAUUUUCUUACUUUUGUCUAAAUGUCUAUAUGUACCCAUUAGAUGUUUUCCAGGAUCAUAUUUGUUACUGCUGUUGGUGUCUACCCUCUUGACAAUUUGAGAGAUGGUCUUUCCAAACACUAGUGAUACAGUAGUUGAGUAUAGUUGAUGUUUUUUUUUCUCUAAACUUUGUGAUAGUAGCCAGGAUUCUUAGCUUCCUCAUUUGGGAUGGAUGCCCCUCAAGUUUGGAGAAGGGAUUUUCAAGUUAUAUAUUAAAAUUUAUUCCAUAUUGAUAUAAUCACAGGUAUUUAAGUGUAUUUAACCACAACAUGGAUAUUGUAAUUUGUAUUGAUUUCUCAUAAAAUAGUAGCUAGCAGAAGGAAACAUUACAUUUUGUGAGAAAUAAUAAUACAGUAUUCAUUACAUACUACAGGUAUAAUUUUCUAAGAGCAUGUUAGUAAAAAGAUAAUAAUUUUUGUUUUUAGUACGAGCUUGGGACAAAUGCCCUCCAGCAUGGGAAAUAUAAGAAUCCUGCCAUAAUUAACCCGGUUUUAUAUACCAUUGAACAAACCAGUGAUACUUGCAGAUUUACAGUGCUUUCCAUUCAUUGGCAUUAAUUAUUUAUACAUCUAUAAGCUUCUCUUCUCUUUAGUUUUCACUGAAACAAUUAAGCCCAUGUUCAUAAAACACUUGCAGAGCCAAGUACAGUAUUUCCUAAGGUGCCAACAGUGGAUUCUGAACCCACACCAAUUAUCAUCAUCUGUAGUCAAAUAUAGAAUUAAACAUCAGACUUAGUAUUGAAGCCACAACUUUAAGCAGUCAUACAAGUGACAUUAGUACCAGUAUGUUGAUAAUGGUAAUUCAUUCACACUGUUUUUCCCAUCAUAAUUGUAUAAAAAGUGCAGUGUCUCAUAAAACACUUUAUUGGUCUGCUAUUUUUGUGCUGCUCAAACAUACUGGCUUAAAGAUCACUUUAUGUUAAACAAGAUGUUAAUAUAAAUUGUAAGUGAGCUUGUAUUACUAAACCACAUAAAUGACACAGCUUUCUAUAAAAUUUUAAUUUAUGCCUGUCAUUAUGUGUUCUACCUCAUAAGGUCUGGUUAAGGAUGCAAUAACAUUUGUAGGAGGUAACAUACUGUACUGUAGUAGCACUUGAAUAGCUGAUGAUUUCUUAGACUUUUAGUAAAAUAUUAUAUAUUUUUUGCUUUCUUUAUAUGUUUUCUCCCAUUGUAUGAGGCAAACAUGUUGGAUUCUGUGUAUAAGCUCUCUUACCUGUUCUCGAUUCUUAAUUUCUCUGCACUUUUUUUUUUUUUUAGAAAUUCUUUUAGAGAUGUAUGUAACAGUACCUCUUCAUGCCUUUAAAGUGCCUCAUACUUGCUUCAUUUCCUGAUCAGCAGAAACUUUGACCAACAACCAUAGUGUUACUGUAUUUUGUGAAUCUUACAGUACAGGGUAUUCUUUAACUGCUAUUUCAGUCAAGUGAAGCAUGGCAACCAUCAGGUUUAAUAACAAUGAUAUGUGUUCUCUUUCAAGUGAUUCUAGCUUAGUUAUGAAACAAAAAGAAAAGACACACAGGUUAAUGUACAGUAGCUAUCCCUCAAAGGUACCACAGAAUCCUCACCAAUGUCUCGGUACUUUUUAAUGAACAGGUAUUUUCAUAUUACUUUUUCUGAAUUCUUGUUAGAAUGAUAUUUAUUUCUAUACUGUACCUGUAUUUCUUGAGAUUCUGUCAAUAAUUUGAAUCUGAAGGACAGACUGUAUUCAUCCUUGUUAAAUCACUGCAAUCUUCUCUCAAAUAACAUGAUUAUUAAUUCUUACACUGUCUUCUCAGAGAUGGUAUUGAGAUAAGUUUUGGUCACUCAAAGAAGCACUAGUGCAUGAAAAGUAAAUAGCUUAUCUUCUGUAUCUCAUUAACUGUUUUAUCCUUUCUUUACUUUCAUCUUUAUUCUUUUUGCCACUUGUCAUAUUAUUAAGCUGGUCUGACAGUUGGUUGUCAUGUAAGAGAAGCACUAAGUACAGUCAUAAGAGUGUGUGAUUAUUACAGCUACAGUAUUAUGCUUAAGGGCAUAAUUAAAGUAAGGAAGGAAAGGAUAUGGAAUGGUACAAAAAACCAUCUGUGUGGGAGACUGUGGGACUUAAUCUCUUCCUUAUUGCAUGCUCCAACAACUCCAUUUUAGGUGACUGUUGCACCUCUGCCAGCUCAGCCAGGAGAGUUUUACACAUCUAACUUAAGAACAUUUUUUUCAUAUUUAAUUUUACUUUAAGCUUGUAUAAUAUUUAUAGUUCUCAUUUAACCGUCAGUCUCUAUAUUUCUUCAUUCUCAAAGAUGUUAAGUCCACUUCCAUAGGAUACCAUGUGAAACUAGCCAGGUUCUCAUAUAAUUUGAGGAUCAUUAUGUAAAUUAAACAAGAUGACAGGGUUCAAUCUUAGGUCAAGUUUGUUCACACAACCAUACUAGUAUAUUUAAAUAAUUUAGAUCUUUUGUAAUGUCAUCAAAUAUACUGUAUGUAUGUGUGAAACAUCUCUCUUAGAUUCUCUUUAUUUUCACACAAUUUAUAGAAAGCGUGUUAAUGAUUUCAAGUAAAAUACACUCACUCACUGAUAAACUAAGUGUUCCUGUAGCACCACUGGUCAUACUCUACUGUUGAAGCAACACUGUCUAGCUUUAAAUUUAUUAAGGUUUUAAAGAGUACUGCAAAGCACUUGUAUCUUAUGAGGGUCAAAGUGCAUAAUAUAAUUACCAAAACAAUAUUUUAUAACAGGCUCUUUUCAUAAUGUUUGAGGCUAUUCUUUUUUAAUUAAUUUAAAUCUUUUGUAAUAUCUCACUUUUUUUUAUGUCUUGGGUACAGUUAGAGUACAUACAAUAUAUCCAUCCCACCAGAGUGUGAUUCAUGUGCCACAAUGGAUCAGUCGGGGAUCUUCUGCUACGACUGUAAACAUAAAUGUUAAGUUCCCGGGAACUGACAUCCCACAUUGUUUUUAUUACAGUACUAUAAUUAUUGAUGUUAGUCUCAGCCAUAGAGUCUAAAAUUGAUUUUACACUCAUUUAGCUGAGAGAAAUGUAUGAAAAAGCCAUUGAAAAAGAAUUUUAAACAAAAAAAUGAAGGUAAAACUUUUGCACUGUAAUACAUUAUCAUAUGAUAUGAUAUGAUCAAAGAUAUUGUUUAUGAAUUUUUGAAGUUAGUUUAAUUUCUAGGACUCUUAGCAAAUUGAGUGUGUAAUCUACAACAUGGCUUAUACCGUGUGAGGCGGGGUGUGCCGUGUUUAGCAGCAAGUGUGGUAAUGUUCCCAUGUUGGAAGUACUAAUACAUUAUUAUUACUGAUGCUUCAGCUUUAAUUGGGAGAUAUUGCUUGGUGUUGUUAUAUUUUGUUGUUGAAAAAAUUGUGUAUGUGCUACUUAUUCACAUAUUUACUAUAAGAAAUAUUGUUUACUGUGUUGGUGUGUGUUACAAGUUGCAAAACAGUACUGUACAGGUAUUUGAAUACAUAACACAUUCUCAAUUAUGGUCUUGUACUGUAUAUAGUACAAUACAUGCUACAGAAAUCUAGUUUUUGUUUGUAAAAUUAUUGCUGAACUGCAAAUUGUGUAUGUGAUGUUAUCAUCAUGUUAGUGUACAGCUAAUUAGGAUUACUGUAACUAUUAUAUUUCAAUGAAUUUCACAGCUUCUCUCCUUUAAACUGGAGAGUUUUAAGAGCAAUGAAAUGAAUUAAAGGAUAAUUAUAUUUUCUUUAAUGAUUUUUUAAGAUAUAUAUUUUUAAUCUACACCUGAAAACAUUACCACACAUUGCAUUAAGUAAUUGUAAGUGAUAAUAUUGUAGAUGGCGUCACUGCAACAAGCUUGAGGGUAAUGUCUCAAGUGUCACAGAAGGCCUCAUCUUUUGAACAAUAAUUUGAUGAUUAUUUGGGGCUUUACAUCACACAUACAUAUUUUUUCCACAAGUUGCUUUAUUAGGCCUAAGUAAGUGAAGAUGCAAUAUGCAACGUACUAUUAUUUACUUAAUAUGAAUUCACUUAAUAAGACAGCAGCUCGUAGCUUUAGCAGAAACAAAAUCUAAUUAUUUGCAAUCUGAUAAGUUUCAGUGAAAAGUUUGUGUUACCUGAACAGUGAAGCAAUUUUGCAUCAAGUUAUAGUUCAAAUUUCUGGCCAAGUAUAUGUACACACCAUAACCUCAUUCUCUAAGAUGGCAUUUAUACUUAUCUCUUGUAGUCUCCUGUGUCUCGUCCUCUCAUGUCAAGGACGUUAAUAAUAAUUUUGUAGAUACUGUAAUUUGUUACAAAUGUUGUUCAUAGCACUAACUCCCCUAUGAAACACGUGUGGUGCCAUGUACCACAAUAAUCUGCAGUUUUUGGUCUACAUGAGUGCAGUUCGACACCUUCCAUUAAUUUGUUGAGAAAGAUACGAUUUUUUAAAACAGUAUUUGUAAUGCAGUGAUUGUCAAACCAGUUUCCAGCCUCGAUAUUAAUUUAAUAUCUUGUCUCUGCCUCCGAGCAGCAGCAGCAGCUUUCAGGAGUGUGUAGAGCCUUAAUACAUUAGCAGGUUGUGCAUGCAUCACAUACUAUAGAUAGUUGGUAGCACAGGAAAUAAUGCUCAUCAAAUAGAUACUAUACUCUCAUAGUCAGCUCUGAUAUAUCACCUAAAGAUAAGAUACAGUAUAUAAAACUUGAAGGAAAUGAAGGUUAUUAAAAAAAAAAGUUAGAGUAAUCUCUUUUGGGAGAAGAGAUAUUAUGGUAUAAUGUACUUAUGUAACUCAGUCAAAAGUAAGUUGUGUAGAAUAUUGAUAAACUGCUGUACAGAAACACAUAGAUGAAUUUUAUAAAAGUAAUGGAUGUUUAACGGUAGUAACUAGGGUCAGAGUAGCUAUAUACAUGUAAGAUAACAAAAUGUAGUAACAAUACUUCUGCCACACACAAGCAAUACGUACAGUGUUUGAAUACGUUGUAGAUUUUAAUAAUAUUUAUAAGCAAGUAUCCUUCAAGUGUUAAAUCUCCAGUAUGUAAACAAGAUAAUUCCAAAUAAAAGUACAGUACUGUAUCAGCAUAGUUUUGUGACAAUUCAAAAUAUUUCUGGAUACAGUACAGUACAGUAUAUCAUUUUCAAGAUAAUACACGUACUGUAUCUAAAGGAAAUUAUUCUCAAGUUUAAAUUAUGGUAGCUUUUUUAAAUAGUGAACUGUACAGUACUGUACAUCCAAUACUAACAGAAGAAGUUUGUGCAAUAGUGAAUGUUAAAUUCAGUAUUAAUAUAAAUAAAAGAAUUACACUUCUGUAUAGAUAAAAAAUUACCGUUCAUCAAUAAAUUUGUUAUGUGAGAAUUAGACUUCUAAACAAUAAGCUUAGAUUCAGUUGAAGAGAAACUGUUAUCAUAAGCCUAAGGGUUGGGAGGUGUUGGUGGCCAGUUUAGGGUUGUUGCAAAAGAAGUACUGUCCAGUACUGUACUGUUAACCUCAAUAAUUAGUUACUAUCAUAGUGAUUAGCUCUAAGUUUGUUAUUGGCUUACAAACAGGCCACUACUAAAGCAUUUAGGUCAUCAUUUCAGUUUUUUACAUUUAAUACAAUUGGCAGACAAACCAAAUAUAUUUGGACAGAAAUAUUAUAAUUUCUUUGAUAUGAGUAACAUUGAAAAGUACUUACUGGUACUGUAAGUGUACAAAUGAAAAUACUGUACAGCAAAAUCUUGUUCCCAGACUUCAUAAUGUUGUGACCUUGUGAUGUAAGAAUGCACUGUACUAGAAAAAUUUUAUGUUUUUAAUAUGCCAACAGUACCUGUACCAAGAAUUUGUGAUGCACUAAAGCACAAUACAGUAUGCUAAAUUAUUACAUGGUUGUUGUUAAUGUUAUUACAUGUUUUGAUGUAUAAUGAGUUUAAAGUAUCUUGGGUUCAGUAUCGGUCAUAACCAGAACAAGAAGAGAUACACAUUAAAUACCUCUUUCUAUUAUAUCACUAACAUCCCACCUAGUUUGAAUGCAGGAUCAGGGAACUGUUCUUAACGUGGUAAUAAGGCAAUCUUCACACCAAAAAAAGAAAUUAAUUAAAGAGUAUGUACACAGUAUUUGUAUAUGAAGAAAACUGGUCACAUCAGUUUUGUUUCCUAUACUUUCAAGGACUAUGUAGUUUUAGUUUACUAUAUGAUACUAAUUAUAUUUCCUAUUUUAAGGAUUCACAUUACAGCACAGUAUUUAUUAUAUAAAUACAUUAAGAAAGUGAUAAUUUUUAGUACAGUACUAAGUAUUUAUGUGAAAAGUUAGUACAGCUUAAGAAUAUUAUAAAUGUUCAUAAGAGUAAUUUGCAGUACUGAUACAGCAUUGUUGAGUUAAAACAAACCUGAAGAAUGUAUGUAUGUAUGUAUGUAUGUACUGUAAUCAAUAUUAAUAGGUUGUAUAUGGUUAGCAUGCCAAAUGAAAGUGAAAUCUUAUUGCAUAAGUUAAUCUAUAGCUGUUGUUUAGUGUUUAGUACACCUUAAAUGGCAAAAUUCUUUGAAGAAAUACAGUACAUAACUGUAUCUGAAUAUGAAAUGUAAGUCCCCAUGUUACUGUGUAUUGAAAACUGACUUGAGUUUCUAGAAAUAUUAUGUGAUAACUGAAGCAUAUUUUAUGUUCAUUGUAUAAACACAGUUGAAAAUUAGUACAGUACUUUACAGUGAAGUGCAGACACAUGUAUGCUAUAGUGAAAGUACACAAAAUAUGCGCUAUGAUGAGGUAGUCCUGUAUGCAUGUAGACCAUUCAGUGCUUUAGAAAGAUUCCUAUUUUUGUGUACAUUUGGGUGAAGAUCUGCCAAAGGUAAGGAUUUUAGAUUAUUUUAGAUUUUCAAUAUUGUCAGAAGCUUCAUGUACAUACUAUGUAUGGUCAAUAAAUGUGUCUAUACCCUGA